CGUAUUAAUUAUAAGAUUCUUAUUAUUUAAUGUAAUCAAACGUGAACUCACUAUUAAAGACUCCAAUUGAGUCCGAAUUAUUGAAACGAAUCCAGAAAUUACGCAUGAAUAUCCAUCAAACAAAAAAAAUACUAAUGAAAGAGUCAAAUCAGUUACUUUUUGUAUAAUUUAUAAUUUUAACCUUUUUAUGUAAGUAACAAUUUUAUUAAACUUUAAAUUCCUCUUUAGUUACAAGCGUAUUUUCCAAACUAUCUUAAUAAAAAACAACAAAAUUAUUUUCGUGUCACUAUAACCCUUUAUUCGACGACGUGCGAUAUACUUCUCAUAGGAUAAAAAAAAUCUAUAUAAAAAAAACGAAUAUCUCUUUAGAGUUCUAGGUGCUAUUUAAUGCAACCUUAAUGAUCUACCUACGUUGUCAAAAAUCAGUAACAUACUCACAUCAACGGGACGCGAACAGUCAGUGACGAGAUGGCGGGAAGGAAGGACGCGUUGCGAGGGCUUUCGAGCUUUAAGUCUAGAGGACAUCGUUUAGUAGCAUUAGUGCCGCCUCAAAACACUUCUUCGGAUAUAGAUAGUGGUUCUGAACAUGACAAUGAAGAGGAAAUUGUUUUUCAUAGAACUGAGGAGUUGUCUUCUUCAUCCUGCCCUUCAAUCGAUUCAGAAAUUGAGCGCAUGAAUAUAUUAGAUAGUUCCGAAAACGACACACAAGGCAAUAUUUCAAACGACAGUGCUGAGGUAAACAUUGAUGCUACGACAGGAAACGAAAAUAUUCAAAUACAAGACCGUGUUUGCGUUAGUAGCUAUGAGAAUAACCAAGUCGAAGUCGAAAAAUAAUUUGGACCCUGAGCGACCUCCAUUGACUCCAAUAAUUGACAACGUGCUACUACCGAGUGGUGAAAUCAAUUACAAUGCCUUGCCAAGUAUGGCUUCAUUAUUGUCAAUUCCAUCACCAAAUACUUCGUCUAUGGCUAGUCCAUCAACACCAAGAACAACCAGACAUAAGAGGACACUACCAAUACACUCGACGCCAAAUGUACGAGUAGCAAAAACUGCUAAGAGAACGCUAACUGUGAGUUACAAAUGGAAAAAAGGACAAUUCAGACACAAAGCUGACAUCCAAUCAAACGAUUUCGUCUUUGAUUUACCAGACACCGACUCCCCGUUAGACUUUUUUUAUUUAUUCUUCUCCCCAGAUAUAUUCAUUGAUAUCGUCGACAACUCGAACUUGUAUUCAACCCAAAGAACCGGUAAAUGUAUGCAAUUGACCAUCGAGCAGCUGAAAGAUUUUCUUGCAAUUCUACUUAUCAUGGGUAUAGUGAAAAUGCCUUCUUAUUUAGACUAUUGGUCUACAGAAUUUAGAUAUGCCCAAGUUGCCGACAUCAUGCCAGUAAAACGAUUCGAGCAGAUUCGACGAAACAUCCACUUUGUGGAUAACACUAAUCAGGACGAAGAUCGAUAUUACAAGGUACGACCAUUCAUCGAAAAGAUAAGAAGAAACUGCCUUUCUACAGAAGAAGAAACGAAAUACAGCAUAGAUGAGAUGACAAUUCCAUAUAAGGGUACUAAAGCAGGAAAUCGGAGACAAUACAACCCCAUGAAACCUAGUAAAUGGGGAUUCAAGAACGUCGUACGCGCUGGUGCGUCUGGAAUUGUCUAUGAUUUUCUAUUGUAUGGCGGCGAUGAUACCUUCCGGUAUAUCAAUUUUAGCGAAGAGGAAGAGCAGAUGACACUGGGUGCUAAAAUGGUAUUAGCUCUUUGCAAGACAAUUCAGACUCCAGGAAGUGCUGUUUAUUUCGAUAAUUAUUUCACGACGCUCGACUUGGUCUGGUAUCUACGUGAACACCGAGGGAUUUUCAGUCUCGGAACCAUUCGGCAAAAUAGAUUGAAAGGUUGCACCAAGGGACUUUUGAGCGACAAGGAACUAAAAAAAAAAGGCAGAGGUUCAUUUAGUCAAGUCGUUGACAACGACAAAAAGAUCGCCAUUGUCAAAUGGUAUGAUAAUAAAGUUGUGACAUUGGCUUGUUCUUAUGCAGAUUCAUACCCACUUCAAGAAAUUAAAAGAUGGAGCAAAGAACUGAAAAAGAAAGUGAAUGUCCCGUGUCCACAAUUAGUUCGAUAUUAUAAUCAACAUAUGGGAGGAGUCGACCUGUGCGACAUGUUGAUAGCUCUCUACAGAACAUCUUUCAAGAGUCGUCGUUGGUAUAUGAACAUUUUUGGCCAAAUGUUAGAUAUUACUGUUAACAAUGCUUGGCUUCUCUAUAGGAGGAAAUGCAACAGGAAGAGCCUCAAAAACAUAAGCCUCAAAAAGUUCAAACAGAGAUUGGCGGUUGAAUUGAGGCAAAAAGGAAGACCAGUUCAAAUGGAACCACCCAGUCCGCUACCGAAAAAAGCGAUAAUCCAAAACCCUAGCGCACCGAGGCCCCCAGAUUCUGUUCGUUACGAUAGCUGCAACCACUGGCCUAAAUAUACAACAUAUGGACGUUGCAAGUUCUGCAAAGAUAAUAAAACGAACGUGCAAUGUUCCAAAUGCAAGCAGAGGUUGUGUUUAGUGGCGAAAAGAAAUUGUUUUUAUAAUUUCCAUAAUAAGUAGAGAUAGACAGAUGACCAAAGAAUACAUUUAUGAUAUUAAUAACUAAGACUGAUUGUUUUUGAAAAAUAUAAAUGUUGAUUAUU